AUGAGAAGACCUUUAAGAAAACUGGUUUAUUUUCUAUUAAUCAUUUUUGUAGUUAUAAUGUUGAAGUCAUCGUUGAAUUCACUUAGCUCAUUCAGUUUGAAAAGAUUUUUUUCUAGUACUUCUCAUUUCAAACCAGUAGUCAUUGUAGGUUCUGGUCUUGCUGGUCUUUCAGCCGGAAAUCAGUUAGUUACAAAAUAUAAUAUUCCAAUUAUUUUAGUAGACAAAGCAGAGAAAAUUGGUGGAAACUCGAUUAAAGCAUCAAGUGGAAUUAAUGGUGCUUUUUCAGCAACUCAGGAAAGCCUUAAUAUUGAAGAUUCAAGUGACUUAUUUUUAAAGGAUACAAUCAAGUCAGCUAAGCAUAGAGGCAUUCGAUCAUUAAUGAAAAAAUUGACUGAUGAGUCUAGUGGAGCCAUUUCAUGGUUACAAGAAGAUUUUGGAUUAAAAUUAGAUAGUUUAGUACAACUGGGUGGGCAUUCGGCUCCAAGGACCCACAGAUCAAAGGGUAAGUUGCCUCCAGGUUUUGAAAUUGUUUCUACUACUUCAAACAGACUCAAAGAGAUUUCGAAGAGGAAUCCAAAUAUGGUUAAAAUUUUAUUGAAUAGUAAAGUUGUAGAUGUCGAUAUUGAUCUAAAUAAUAACCAAGUCAGUGGGGUUCGGUAUGUCGACGAGUCAGGGAAUUCACAUACCAUUGAGACGUCUAAUGUUAUUUUCACAUCGGGUGGAUUUGGUUAUUCUAAAAAAUUGUUAGAAAGGUUCACCCCAGAUCUGAUCGGUCUACCAACUACAAAUGGUCCUGAAACUUUGGGUGAAGGCCAAAUAAUAUUAGAGAAGCUAGGAGCUGAGUUGAUUGAUAUGGAUCAAGUUCAAGUGCACCCAACAGGGUUUAUUGAUCCUACUGAUCGUGAUAAUAAUAAGAAAUUUUUAGCAGCAGAAGCAUUGAGAGGUUUAGGCGGUAUUUUAUUACACCCAGUAACAGGUAAAAGAUUCACAAAUGAAUUGGAUACAAGAGAUAAUGUCACUGCAGCUAUCUUAUCAUCAACACCAAAGGAUGAUCAAAGAGCCAUAUUAGUGUUAAGUGAAAAAGUUUACGAAAAUUAUAAAUAUAGCAUGGAUUUUUACAUCUAUAAGAAACUUUUAAAGAAGACUACCAUCAAGGGAUUAGUGAGUGAUUAUAAUCUUUCUGUCUCUACUGUGGGUAUGGUUCAAGAAUUGGAAAGAUAUUCAAAGAAUGGUAAUAACGAUGAAUUCAAUCGAUCUUUAGUUAUAAAUACUUUUAUGGGGGAUACACCAAUUACAGAGGAUCAAAUAGUAUAUGUAGGAGAAAUUACACCAGUGGUUCAUUUCACUAUGGGUGGUGCUAAGAUUGAUGAAAAUGCAAGAGUGUUAAAAAAGGAUGGUAGACCAGUAGCUCAGGGUUUGUAUGCAGCGGGUGAAGUUUCUGGUGGUGUACAUGGAGCUAACAGAUUGGGUGGAUCGAGUUUGUUAGAAUGCGUCGUGUUUGGUAGAACUGCUGCCAAUAGUAUUGCCUCCACUUUGUUAUAA